UUGUGCAUGGUAUGUUAGGGUCGAAAAAAAACUGGCACACAUUUUGCAAGUCGUGGAAUGAGAAAACUGGCAAGCAGACUCUUUCUUUAUCUAGAUUAUUGCUGUUGAUUGCCGAAACCAUGGUCAGAGUCCAAGAAGUGAGAACAUGUCUUAUCCAGUAAUGGCUGGCGAUAUUGCACAGACUUUCCAAGAAAUGAAAAUUUCUAAAUGCAUUCUUAUUGGUCAUAGUAUGGGGGCAAAAGUGGCCAUGGAAUCUGCACUGAGCAUGCCCAAUAUCAUCGAAAAGUUAAUAUUGGUUGAUAUGACUACCACUUCUGUUUCUACAAAAUUGGGAACUUUUCGUCUGUCUCCUAUGGUGUUAUCAGCGAUGACCAACCUGGAUUUAUCCAAAGUUAAAAACAGACAGGAUGCAGAUAAUAUGUUGGCAGAAACAAUACCAUUCGAUGGUCUCCGAGCGUGGGCUCUUACAAAUUUGUACAAAGAUGACAAAGGACCGUUUCAAUGGCAACAUAAUCUCAACAAUAUACAAGACAAUGUUGAUUCACUUUUCUCUGGGUUAGCUUUAAAUGAGAGAGAGCCGUACAUGGGGGAAACUCUGUUUGUUAGAGGAGGGGAGUCUGAUGUUCUGAGAAAUGUUGAUAUGAAUGAAAUGAGAAAAAUGUUCCCAAAUGCCAAACUUGAAAUGAUUCCUGGUGCUGGACAUUUUGUGCACACUGACAAACCGAAAGAGUUCCUGGAAAUUGUUAGGGAUUUUCUUGGAUGAAUUACUAGAAUUAAAAUGGAAGGACGUCAAAGAGAUGAUGAAAGAAACGAACAAGGAAAUGAUCUCCCACACAGGUCUUGUGUUGGUUGGAUGUAUUAGGAAUAU